GAUGCUUAUCUAUGUAUGUCCCGGUGGAGUAUGGACAGGGAACGCUCGAGGAUCCAAGUAUAUAUCUCAUCCAAACCUCUAUCUACCGAGCAUAGUCUGGGCCAUGGACACACCGCAGCAUCGAGAGGAGAGGGUGAAGGAUUCUACCGAAGACCAGGCUUCUUCUCUUCCGCCUCCACCUUCAUCAGCGGCAGCUUCCCCUUCUCACGAGUUCUCCUUCACCAUCUCCUUCCAGCCUCCUUUGAGCUCAGCAGCCGACACCCUCAAGAACGGCAACAGGUCCACGCCCGCUUCCUUGGUCGACUUCGCCCCCGCCGACGACAUCUUCCUCCAUGGCCACCUCCUCCCCCUCCACCUGCUCUCACACCCGACCAGCCCUCCCCGCCCCUCCGACAUCACCUUCGAGAACAUGAGCCUCCCCAUCGAGCACGUCGACAGCGAACGGAGCCUGAGGUACCACGCCGACGAUCACCACCAGCACGACGACACCGGCAAGAACAAGGAGCGAGCUAAAGCCAAGACCUUCUCUUCCUUCUUCGGCCUCGGGAAGCUGCGGAAGAGGUAUGAGCAAAACGGAGAGAAGGAGGAGGACGCCAAGAAGAAGAAGAAGGGGUUCGACAUGAGCCGGCUUCUGAAGAAGUACGCGAGCCUGAUGGAGCCGCUGUUCUCCUUCAAGGGGGAGAAGGAGAAGAGCGACCCCCACCGGAGGCCUUACUCCUUCUCCGGCCACUCCAACCGCAAGGAGCAGGACGGGUGGCGGCGGAGGAAAGGGCAGUUCUCAGCUCCGGCCUCCACCCGGACGUCGCCGACCAACAGCGGCCUCCUCUCUGCCACGUCCAUGACGUUCUCUUCCUCCGACAACAGCACGAUGGAAGAGUUGCAGAGCGCGAUCCAGGCGGCCAUAGCACACUGUAAGAACUCCAUUGCUUCCAAGCAGAGAUGAGAAACGUAGAUGCUGAGAUGGGGAAGUGAACGUACAGUGUAAAGAAAUGAUGGCAAAGUAGAAACACGCAUGACGGGCUGUACAUAGAUGGAGGUCGUAGAUUACAAGUUGAAUGUGGAUUCGCCAAUAAUUGUGUGCUAUGUGAAGCAGAGGCAAUCAGACUUUGGAGCUUUACUCCAGGAGGAUCAUCAGAAACCAUGAGUGAUAUCAGAGUCUUUUCUUGGGUGUUAAGAUGGUAGAGAAACCUAAGAUGAAUCAGCUCCCACCUAACUGAGUUAUAUGUGAAGUUCUCAUUGUUUGUCUGCAAGGAAAAGGAUUUCCAGACAACUCUUUGAAAGAUGGGAAGGAGGACAGAGCAGCUACUUUUGUAUCUGUCACUCAAAAACUUUUUGGAGAAUCAUCUUUGUCAUUUUAUUCUUAUAAGACACACAGAUACACCAAUCAAAAGUUAAUGUUUGGUCGUAUAAGCCAUUCUUUUAAAUUAUGUAUAUAUUAUUAUUAACUCAAACACUGUUAAAUUUCGGAUUUUGAAUAUUGAAGUUACAGUCAAAAUAUUAUUUG